GAGGACCCCCGGACCUGUCUCGGCUCGGGUAGCCUGGGCCGGCCCUGGCGGGGGUCCAGCCCCUCCCAACGGACUCAGGAAGCCACGGCCGGGAGGGGCGGAACUGUGGGUGUCCCUGGCGCCCCAAGGUGCCAAUUAAAUGCUCGUGGCCGUCUGGGGCCAGAGCUGCGGAGGGCGGCAUGGCCGAGCCGGGCCCGGAGCCGGGGCGCGCAUGGCGGGCGCUCGCCCUGUGCGGGGCCGCCGUGUUCCUGGCGGCGGCGGCGGCCGGCUCGGCCCUGCUGGCCUGGAAUCUGGCCGCCUCGGCCUCCCGGGGGCCUCGCUGCCCGGAGCCGGGGGCCAACGCCACGGCGCCGCCCGGGACCCCGGCGCCCGAGGUCGAGGAGCUGCGGCGCCGGCUGGCAGAGGCUGCCCAGCGCGAGGAGGCCCUGGCCGGGCAGCUGGACCAGGCCGAGGGCGUCCGUCUGGAGCUGGAGGAAGCGCUGAGGGCCUGUGAGGGUCGCCAGAGCCUGCUUCAGACCCAACUGAUGACACUGAAGACUGAGAUGGACGAGGCCAAGGCACAGGGGACCCAGAUGGGUGUCGAGAACGGGGAGCUCACAGAAGCCCUGGUGCGCUGGGAAGCGGCGGCCACGGAGUCUGCGCGGCGGCUGGACGAGGCGCAGCGGCGCGCACGCGCAGCCGAGGCCCAGGGCGAAGCCUGCGCGGCCCGAGAGGCGGCGCUACGCGAGCGCGUUAAAGCCCUGGAAGCCGAAACGGGGCCCCAGCGCAGAGUGCUACACCCCCGGCCCCGCUCGGGGUCCCGACCCCGGCCCAGCCCCCGCUCGCGCUCUCGCCCCGGAUCCUCGGGGGGCUGCCGGCGGCCCGCGCGGCGCGCACGAGGGUGAAUCAGCUCCCAGCAAGAUGGGGGCUCGAGGCCAGGAGGACAGACACUGUAGAGGCCCAGCGGGGACACGUAUAGAGGUGCCCACGCUGGAUGAGAUGUCCAGUCGACACCCAUCAACGCUCAUCUUUAGACCCAGGAGCCGCUCUGAACGAAAACUGUGCAGAAAGGAGACUCGACCCUCUCUCCCCGACCACCUAGUGCCUAUUCUACAGAUGGGAAAACCGAGGUCUGUUUGGUCACACAGUGUGAUAGUGCUGAUCUGGGACUUAAGUCCCCUCUAAGGACAGUGUUGCUCUCAUCUCGCAGACAUGAGGACUUAGGGUCCAACCUAAGGAAACACUGAUGUUUCCUCCAGUGACCUGGAAGGGUCACUUCUCUUCUCCGGACCUCAGGUUACCUUGGGUGUAAAAUGAAUGAUUGGAAUCAUGUUUAGAGAGCUGGCCUAUCCUUGACACCAAAAACUGACAAAGAUGGCACAAUGGGAAAACUACAGACCCCUCUUCCUGUGAGGAGGGUAGGAAACUCCCAAAUGGAAUUUUAGCAAAGAAAACCAAGUAACACAUUUUUUAAAUACACCGCAACAAAGGGGACUUAUGCCUGAGAUGUCAGGAUGGUUCCAUAUUUGGAAGUCUGUUAAUAAAAUUCACCAUACUAAUGGGUUAAAUGAGAAAAGUUCUGGAAAAAAACAUCAAAAUCAGGGCCAAGGUGAGGAUGACCACUGUCAAGUGUUUAAUAUUGUUCUGGAGGUAGUAGCCAAUGCAAUUAGACAAGAAGAAGAAAUAAAAGCUAUGAAUAUUAGAAAAGAAGAAGGGGAUUUAUAGGUUGACUCAUAUGAAAACACUCUUUAUAUAGGUCAAAAAUAAUUGAAAUAUAGACUAUUUCAUAUGGCUCAAUUUCACAUUAUUUUUGUCUUUUACCUUUGUAUUUGACACAACUUCAGACUUACAGAAAAAUUGGAAGAUUAGUACAAAGAAUUCCUGGAUACCCUUCACCUAGAUUCCACAAAUGUUAACUUUUACUACCUUUGCUUUAUCCAUCUCUCUCUCUCUCUGUCUCUAAACCACUAUGAAAAUCUUGCAGAAGUGAUAUCUCUUUACCCAUAAAUACUUGGGUAUGCAUUUCCAUAGAACAAGAACAUUCUCUUACAUAAUUGUGGUACAAUUAUGAAAAUCAGGAAAUGGACAUUGAUAAAGCACUGUUAUCUAAUCUACAGACCUCAGUCAGAUUUUGCCAAUUGUUCUGACAA